AUGAACUUCCAGGAUCCCGGAGAAGCGGGGGAUGGUCUCCAGCCCUUGAAGGUGAUUCCAGGGGUCUCAGAGCCCCCGGGAGCCCUGGAGCCCUCAGGGGUCUCAGAGCCCCCAGGAGCCCUGGAGCUCUCAGAGGUCUCGGAGCCCCGGGAGCCCUGGAGCUCUCAGGAGGUCUCGGAGCCCCCGGGGAUCCCACAGCCCUCAGAGGUCCCGGGGGUCCUGCAGCCCACGCCGCCCCCCGAGGUGCUGGAGGGCCUCCUGAGGCAGCGCUUCGGGCCCCUGCCCUGCCCGGCCACCAUCGCCCGCCUGCGGCGCGGCCCCGACGGGGCCUACGAGCCCACCGGGGCCCCGGCGGAGGUGCUGGAGCGGCGGCAGGCGGCCAACGCCAAGGAGAGGGAGAGGAUCCGGAAUCUCAACACGGGGUUCUCCCGGCUCCGGGCGCUGGUGCCGCUGGUGCCGCGGGACCGCCGGCCCAGCAAGGCCGACACGCUGCGGGCGGCCGCCCAGUACAUCCGCCUGCUGCGGGCGGGUGCUGCGGGGACGCGGGGGGCUGCCAGGCCGACGGUCCCAUCGGUGCGCUGCGCUGUGCCCGUUCUCAGCUGUGGCGUCCUCACAGGGGUGUAA